AUGGACGCAGACUCAAGUCGCUCUACCGACACUAGCAAGAGUGCUGAUCUAACAGACCACACUCUUACAAACUCUCGGGCUUCAGCCAAAACAGAACAGGCUUCUGCCUCUGAUAUUACCAGUCAGGGGAGUAUUGAAGAACAGUCAAUCCCCGUCAACCCUUCGCCAUCUUCAGUUACACCUCCAAAAAUAAAGAAGCGUAUCACCCCUACUCUGAUUUCAAGCCCUUCAAAUCAUGAAAUCCCCCCUCGCAAUAGUCCAUCAAUCCCAUCCUUCUCCGCAGCACCCGCCAGCCCCUAUAUUCACCAAUCACGACUCAACUUAUUAGAACAACAAAACUCAUCGAAGGAACGACAAAGGCAAAACACCCUGGCCCCGAGCAUAACUCAACCAUCCCCUUCGAACCUAGCAAAGCACUUUCAACGUAUCGAUCUUCAAAAUAGGAGGAAAGAUCCUAAUGCGCCUAGACGAGGGUUGUCUGCUUACAUGUUCUUCGCCAAUGAUCAUCGUGAUAGAGUUCGCCGGGAGAAUUCUCAGCUCUCGUUUGGACAACUUGGUAUAAUAUUGGGCGAGAAAUGGAAGGCGUUGAGUAUGGGGGAACGUAGAGUGUAUGAGGAGAUGGAGGCAAGGGACUUGAGAAGAUAUAAGGAGGAAUUUGCCAGCUAUCGUGGUUGA